AUGAGUGCCAUUCUCCCGCACGUGAAGUCUGACGUGCUCGCGGACUUCAGUCCUGGGUGGCUCAGCUUGGAUAGUCAUGGGAGCGAUGUUGAAAACCCAGAGGCGGGAGUGAAUCAUGGAGGACGGGCUUUCGUUGUACCAGUGGUGGUUCGCCUGUCCCUUGCGCUGCUGGGGAUCUCUGGCGCCGCGGUGCUCGCACCUUUGAUGCUGCGGCCAGUGUUCGCGGUACCGGCAGUGGCGCAGAAGCGCGUCGUCGUGGAAAGCCUAGCUGAGGGCAUGUCCAGUUGGCCUAGAGCAAUUCGCGAGCUGCAGUAUCUGGCGGACGCCACGAACCACACGGUCACCGUCCCAUGCGUGAGCCUCAGUAGUGGAAGGAUCCAUAGCUGCAGUGACAGCAGCACAACAGGGUUGACGGAUUUGUUCGACCUCUCAGGCUGGGGUUUGACACCCUUCGACGCGGGUCUCGACUCCAAUCCAGACGUCGAGUUCGCCAUGUGCGCCCCCAGUUUUGCCGGCUGCGCGAAGGGCAUGAUGCCCGGCCCUACCACAGUCGAGGAUUGGACGCAUGCCGUGUCCUCGAAUCGCUCCGUUGGGGUCGCCCAGGUGGUGGCAGGGCACAUCCGCUUGCGUGCUGACCAGCUCAACUCGUCCCGCGGCAACGACCUCAGCUCCACGACCCGCAACCAAUCCGGGAAGGUCCCAGGUGGCGCGGACGACUGGCCGCAGUUCAAGUUCUCCGCGGCCCGGGAGGCGGAGGCCGCUCGCAUCCUCGCCGCGAGCGGGCUGCGCCCCUCUGCCGACGGCCGCGAGGGGAACUACGUCGUGUACCACUGGCGGUCGGAGGCGAUCGACGUCAACUACACGUUCUGCGCGCAGGAGCUUUUGUCUCACAUCGAAGCCCAGCACAACGAGUCGGGCAAGCGCCUCGUGCUGGUCUCCGACAUGCCCUUCAACGCCAGCGCCCUGCCCUCGCUGUGGGGAACUGGCGCCGCGAAGAUUGGGCUCCAGCCGACGUUCCCGGCGGCGCGCGACAUGCUGAUGGAAGCGGGAUUCACCAAGAUCGAGAUGAUGGCGCAAAAUGCGGGGUAUGACUUGAAGAGUGUGCCCACGGCCUACAUCAGCAUCUGGGACGCCAUCAUCGCGCGCGGCGGCGAGAGGCUCGUCCUCUGCAGGGCAGAUGAGUGCGCGCGGUGCAGCCGGAGGGGCAGCAAGUUCCUCUCGUUGAUCAGGCACCAUUACCUCCACAUCACGGGCCUCGUUCCAGGAUCGAGGAAAGCUGGAUGGCCGUUCGGUGACAGUGGGGCGCCAGCUAUCGAGCGCACCAUGGGGAUCAGCAGGUUCCAGCGCGACUGCAAGAGAGUGCGGUGCCUCCAGAGGUUCAGCAAGCUCGUCUCGCUGGUCAGUUACCGUAAGCUCUGGCGUCACGUGCCCCGCUACACGACCGAAG